AUGAAAAGCAAGGAAAGGGAAGGAAGCCGUCUCUCGGUACCUGGUACUCUGCCCAGAUAUCAAGAUUACGUUUUCUUCUUGGUUGUUAUUUUCAUCAUUGAGCUUGCUGCUGGUUGUGUCGCCCUCUAUUUCUACGUAAAGACUGAUGUUGAAACAGACCUGACAAGAACACUGACGAAUAACUACGGAGGAAACAGCACUGCAGAUGAUGCCAUUACAAACUCAUGGGAUUUCAUCCAAAGACAGUUUGACUGCUGUGGAGUGAAGGGGAAUGCCAGUGAAGCUGUUCGCAUGUAUGGGAUGAGUACAUGGUAUGCCAAUCAGACGGAUACAACCAAAGACAUUGUUCCUCUGUCUUGCUGUAAAAACGAAGAGAUGGCUGAUGCUUGCCAACAUGCUACCGGCAGCUACGCCACUUACAUCUAUGACCAGGGCUGUUCUGAGGGUGUAAAGGGCAAGGUUGCUGAAUACGGGACCGUUCUUGGAGUUAUCGGAAUCAUCGUCGCCGUCAUCCAGUUGAUGGGAAUGAUCUGUGCACUCUGCCUCUGCAAGCGUCUGUAAGGAUGCAGCGCCCUCUUGAGUUCAAUCUCCUGUAAUCUAGGUCUUUCUCCUGUCUUUGGGAAUGUUGAGAAGCAAUAUGUCUAUGAUUCUACCUGCAAGUUAACGUCAAUAUGAAGGCAAUUCGAUUCCCGAAUGGAAGCCUUUUGAAUUGCUUGAUGAAAAGAAAUAUUUAGUUUGCAUUGUACAGCUCCAAAAAUAUUCAUUGAUACUUGGCCAUUAAUACAAUUGAAAAAUGCUUGGUUAGAUACGGUUGAAGGUGUCUCACACUAUGUACAGACAGUGAAAUAUUUUAUACCUUCAUCAGAUAUUGACCAUCAAAGCUAGAAGGGCCUUAACUCAUGGCUUUAACUCAGUUAACGCCCUUCUUGCUCUGUGGACACAGUAUCCUUCUCUGCUUCAAUCUAUUCCAAGAUUUGUUUAUCUUCAUUUUUGGUGUGAUACCAUCUCUUUGGAGAAAGACAACCAUUAUUUACUGCCAAAAGGGCAGCAUUCCUCCAUUUAAAGAGUUGAUUAACGUCCAUCUAGCUCCAAGAAGAUGAUAUAUACCUAAGACAUUUCCUAAGUGGACUAUUCACUUUGACUUUCAGUGAAUGUUUGCUUCUUUUAAUGUUCAUAUGUAAUGUUGUCACAAAUUACAUAAUAGUUGCUAUUGGCAGUGGUCAUGAGAGAUUUUUUAAAUUUAUAAAUAUUAUGGUAGCAUCAGUUGGCUCAUGUCUAAUUCAAUAGUCUUGUUUAUUAACUUAUUUUACUGUGUUUUUUAACGGGGGAUCUAGUUAGAGAAGGAAUUUUAGUGAGCUGUAAUUUUUUUAAUGAACUACCAUGCUUAGAAUUAAGCUUGUACAAAGUGAAUGUUUCAAUGUGUGGCAAAUUUUCAGGUUUAAAAAACAAUUUUUGUUUGAAAAGUAUAGAUGAAAAAGUCCUUUUUUCUUAAGGUCUAUUCCAUGUUGUUGAUGUAUCACAAUGAAUAUCUACACAGUUUGUCAACUGAGAAAGAUAAAGCUUUUUUAUUUUUUCUGCAUUAAAAAAAAAAUUAUCAUUGCAUAUCAUCAGGAAGCCCUCUUUGGUAAGGUACCGGUAUUUAUCAUUAUUACCGGGUCCCUCGGAGAGGACCUUAUGCCUUUGGUCAUUUGUAAGUUGGCAACUUACAAGCAUUCAUGCUUUCUUAGUGAUCAGGUUAAAAAAAAUCACCAUUAACCUACCAUUAGUCCCACUUAGGUUGAAUGAAUCUUUCAGUGAUUAUAUACAUAUAAGUAGCUGAUUUCAUUGAUUAGACAGUCUUGUGAUGACGAAGUAUAAAGACGAUUAUCGAUGAUGGAAUUUUUCGCCAUAUCAGAUUUUUCCAAUGAAUGAAUGCAAUCUUAAGCGAUGUUAAGGAAAUGGCCAUGUUUAAAUGCUGUGGUUUUAUUUGUAUGGUUUUUGCCCGUAUCAGUUUAAAUUUAAAUAUUUGAUUGUCUUCUUCCUUUCUAAAAGAUAAAACUUGCCAAUUCUUCAUGCACUGAAAUCAAUUGAAUUAAUGCAAAAUUUUCCUUUCUGAUCAGGAAUCUUAAUUUAAAUUAUUCCCAUUGAUGUCCUGUUUAAUCAAAGGUUUGCUCAAAAACAUAUGUUAACUUACACUAUUUUUGCCAUUCGAGGAAACAUGUAUUUCCAAACUUGAAAAAUUUUUCCUGCUAGUUUGAAUGUGCCAAUUUGGAUACAAACUCUUCCAAAUCAUUUAAUAAAGAGGUGAAUUUAGCUGAUAGAAAAAAGUAUAUAUUUUUAAAUUUUCACUGUUUUAAAAAUGAUGAAUAUGCAUCAUUGCAGGAAUGUUAUUAUUGGGUUACCUAUGUCCUCUUUUUAUUCUCAAGAGUUCUGAAAUGUCUUUCUGUUUCAAAGUUUCUAGGCUGAAUAUUCAUAGGCUGAUACAUCAUCUCCCUUUCUGCUAGGUUGUUGACUUUACAUAAUCCUCGUGGCUGAUCAUCCCUAUUAACCUUAUAGUCUUUGUAUAAAGAAUAUGGCAAUAAUAUAUAUAUAAGUAAAGUGAACAGCCUGUAUUUUGAACUCAGUUUCAAGUCUAACUUUGGUUUUCAUCUGUGGUUUAACUAUGGAAAGCCAAGUGCAGCACAAUUUAAGUCGAUGUGCAAUUCGGAAACAAAUUUGUCACUCGAACCGAUGAAAGCGGUCUAUUUGGGAUAUUAACUUCACUUUGCUUUACUUGUCUACCAACCUUGCAUGCAGUGAUUGAAUUGAUAGGUAGACAAGGUUUACUCAUAGAUAAGAUAUUUGCUACUGAUCAUACGUUGCUAUUAUAUCAUUCAAAAAAAAAUCCUGGUAAAGAGGCGAAAUAUAAUUAGAAAAAUAUUACAUAUUGGGCCAUCCAUAAUUUUAGCAAAGACUUCCAUGAGUUAAGAUAAACCGAGUUCAUGAUGCAGGUUAAUACCUUUCAUUUUAUAUCUCAUUUGUCGAAGGGGGUAAGAAUACCUCGCUACUUUAGUUUGUUCAAAUACCUCUAAUUAUGGCUGAAAAAGUGCAGAUUUUUUCAUAUUUAUUUUCAGGGUUUCACUGUCUUCAGAUUCCAUCCUUAUAAUUUAAUAUAUAUAUUUAUUAGAUACUUAAUAAUACAACACUAUCAUGAGUGCCUGUAAUUUGCAUGUUAUUUGUAUUUAUAUGAAAAAAAAUCGUAUUUCUAAGUGUAAAUUCAUGUGGUAGUUGACAUUCUUGAAUGUCAUGAUGCUAGGCUAAAGUGUACUUAAUAUUCAUAAUCACAGUGGAUCAAUGAAGAAUACUAUAGGAGAAAUGUUUGUACAAUUUAUGGAAAGCACUCAAGCAGGUCUAUAUUUAACACAUUUUAAUUUUGAAACUGAAAUUGAUAGAAAAUUUCAUAUUUGAGACCCAUGAUAGAAGGCAGGUCAGUAUUUCAUACAAAAUUUAUUUUCAUACUGAAAUUUGGCUGAAAUUCUAUAUUUGAAAAUCCUUUUAGAAGGUUAAUUCACAUCCAAACAUUAAAGUGCUGUUACACUUCGAAGUUUCAGCCAGCUUAUCCCGACAUACCUUUGACAAGUUGUUUGCUCAAGUAAUCAUAUUUCUAUUUAUCAAGAAUCUGCCUUUUGUUAGCAACAAGAAAUUAUUGUAUGAUAUAAAGCAUUCAAUAUAUUGAUAUCUUGUUGACAAAAGGCCAUUAUUAAUAUCAUGUAUGGAAAGCUUGAUAUAAAAGAAUAUGAUUAAGUGAGAACAUGGCUUGCCAUACUAGGGGUGGCAGCCACUUUAUAUAGAUAUAUAACAAGCAUCAUGACAAGUAGAUUUGUUAAUAAUCAUUGUAUUCAGAGUAUAUUCAAUUUGCCAUUUUUAAACCUUUGCACACACAAAACCAUUAGCACCAUAUAUCUAUUUUUAAUUCUACAUUAUAAAAUUAAUACCAUUUUAAUUUGUCGAGUUUUAUUGCGCUGUUUAAAUCAUAGACAUGUGUUGAUUUUUAUUGAUCACAAGAUAAUUUGAAUAAUGCUCACAGCAAAAACUGCGGUGUUAACCGGUGUACAUAGAGGACCACACCAGUUAUUUUACACUGGUGUUAAAUUGACAGUGUUAGUUUAGCACCUAUAGGUGUUAUUGCAACACCUUUGGUUGUUACAUGUACACUCUGGUGUUAUAUUCAAUCUCUAGGGUGUAAUUUUAACACCAGAGGGUGUGGUCCUCUAUUAACACCCACUGGUGUCAGUUUUAACACCACAGUUUUUACAGUGAUUGGAGCAUUAAGAAAACCAUUUUAAUUGUAGUUAAUUGAGCACUGUUACUUCAAAUUUCAUUUCAAUUUCGCUCUACACUUCAUUAUGUUUCUGUCAUGUAGCAGUACUGAAUAAAUACUUGUAGAUUGCAAA